UCAGCUGAAUGCGAUAUGAGUUGACGAACGAUUGUUUAACGUAUAGUUAGAGUGUCUUAGUCACACUUUAGGCAGUAAGUAGUUUGUUUGGUGGUCUCCGGAGGCCGGAACCCAUUCCCAGUUUAGGUCGGAAGCUCGUCGCGAACGGUUACCAACGGUGGUUUCGGUGGAUAUCGGUAUCGCGGAUCAAUUGAUCGGUUGAUGGGGCGUGAGAAUUUUUCACAUGAGAGAAGAAAUUAGUGUUGAGUUUGAGGAAUGGUGAUUCCUGAGGGUUAAAGAAAUCAAGAAAAUAGCAAAAAAUUUCAGUGAAGAUCAUUUACAAACAACAUCAAUCAAGUGAAUGAAAAAGUGAUUUAUAUAAAACUACAGAGAACAAGUGUAUGCUUCCAAAGCUGUUUCUAGCGAGAAAGUGAAAACGGAACAAAAAAUUGCGACAACCCAUUCUGACCAAUACAGUACUGUCAACAGUAAAAAAAAACGAAUCCAUUCAUCCAUCCCGACUUGCAGAGGAGAAAACGCCAAAUUGUUACAAAAUAUGAAAUGACCCACAUCGAAUUUGCAUAAUUUUGGGCAAUAUACUACAGUCAGUGAGACGGCCUGCAUCUGGUAGCCGAAAAGUGAAAAGUACUGGUGCGUAGUGUGAUAAGGUGUUUUGUGUUACGUCGGCCCCUAACUAAAAGCAAGUGUCAUAAACGCUCCAUCGGAGGAGUUUACGAAAUGGCUGCGUCGUCGGCAGCUGCGGUGCGGACCCUUCUAAGGGUGGCUUUGUGUGUGAUAGCGAUUUUGUGUGGGGUAGGUGGGGAAGCAGAGCCUCAACUGAAUCUGCCUCAGUAUGCUGGGCCGGUGAGUCCUACCGGUAGGCCACAGGUCUUACCGAAUAGUUAUAGCAGUGGGCCGGGGCAGCAGCAGCAGCAGGAUGAUUCUAGGAAGGAAGGCAAUAACUAUGACCAGAGCAGGAGUGAGCGGUUUGGACCUCCGUAUGAAGGCGGCGAUGAUGAUGAUGAGGAAAAUUAUCCACAGGGGAGGAGCAAUGAUGAUCGGCAAGAUCGGCAGAAUAGGCCCUUCUCCUACGACGAUCGGAACCAAUACAACAACGACUACGAUUACCGAAACCGGAACCGCAAUCCGUACGAUCGCGAUCGCAACCGUUACGUGUCCGAUGUGGACAACCCGGACCUCUAUCAAAACCGCCAACCCUACAAUCCCAACCAGGGCCAGGACCGUUUCCGCAAUCCGGACGGUCGUUACAACCCAAACCAGCGGCCCUACGUCAGCGAUGUGGACAACCCAGACCUUUACCAAGAUCGCAACCCAUACAACCAAAACCCGAACGACGAUCGCUUCGAUCCGAACCGACGGCCCCAGUUCGGACCCCCGAACGAGCGAGACUUCGAACGGGGACGACCACGGGAUUCGUUUUUCCAGGGACCGUUUCGCAGUGCCGAAGAGGAACGGCGUUUCCGAGCGGAGACGGAAAAACUUCGCUCCUUCUUAACGGAAAUCGAUCGCAAGAGCUCGCUCGAAUGUUCGCUGAACGUGGGUGCCCAGUGGAACUUCGAGACGAACGUCAACGAAGCGACUCAGGUGGAAGCGAUCGCAGCCCAGCAGCGUUACAACGACUUCCAACGGUUACUGUGGGUGCAGAUGAGCCGCAUCGAUCAGUCCAAGAUAUUUGACGACAAGCUUUAUCGCCAAGUCCGGCUAAUGUCCAUCAUUGGCCCGAGUGCCCUGCCACCCGAUCAACUUGAUAGGUACAACCGGAUUGUCAACGACAUGCUGGCGAUCUUCAACGGUGCGGACAUUUGUGCCUUCGAGCGACCAUUCGAGUGCGGUUUGCGGCUUCAGCCCCAUUUGAAAGAGAUUAUGGCCAAGAGCAGGGAUUGGAAUGAGCUUCAGUAUACGUGGUUAGAGUGGCGACGCAAAUCUGGUAGACACAUGCGGGAGUUGUUCGAACAGCUGGUCGAUCUGACUAAUGAUGCUGGACGCGUAAAUAACUUUACAAAUGCUGCUGCCUAUUGGCAAUUCCCGUACGAAUCCCGGAACUUCCGCGAAGAAAUGGAACAAGUCUGGAACGAGAUCCUCCCGCUGUACGAAAUGAUCCACGCAUACGUCCGUCGAAAGCUCCGGGAGUUCUAUGGCCCAGAUAAAAUCAACCGAAACGCCCCUCUUCCAGACCACAUCCUAGGUGACAUGUACGGUCAAAGUUGGAACAACAUCCUGGACAUCGUCAUACCCUACCCUGGCCGCAGUUUCCUAGAAGUCACGCCGGAAAUGAUCAAACAGGGCUACAAUCCGUUGGUGAUGUUCCAAAUUGCGGAAGAGUUCUUUGUGUCGAUGAACAUGAGUGCCUUGCCGCCAGACUUCUGGUUGACUUCUAUCUUCACUCAACCACCAGAUAGGCCGGUUUUGUGUCAACCAUCCGCGUGGGACUUCUGCAACGGCAAGGAUUACCGCAUCAAGAUGUGCACCUCGGUAAAUCACAAAGAUUUCAUAACCGUACAUCAUGAACUGGCUCACGUGCAGUACUUCCUGAACUAUCGAAACAAUCCCAAGGUGUUCCGAGAUGGUGCCAAUCCUGGGUUCCACGAAGCCAUCGGCGAUGCGGUAACACUCUCGGUCGCCGCUCCCAAGCACCUGCAAAACCUGGGCCUAGUGCAGAAAAAUGUGGACGACACGGCACACGACAUAAAUUUCCUGUUUUCGUUGGCGCUGGAAAAAGUGGUUUUCCUACCGUUUGCCCUUGCCCUUGAGGCCUGGCGGUACGACAUCUUCGACAAGCGGGUCCGGAAGGAGCAGUACAACUGUCACUGGUGGCUGCUGAGAGAGCAGUUCGGAGGUGUGAAACCGCCGGUACUGAGAUCCGAACUUGACUUUGACCCCGGAGCAAAGUACCACGUGGCGGCUAACAUUCCGUAUGUCAAGUACUUCUUUUCCAACGUGCUCCAGUUUCAAAUUCAUCGGGCGAUGUGUACGGCUUCACGCCAGUACGAUCCACUGGAUUCGAGCAAGCCCCUACACAAAUGCGACAUCUAUCGCCAACCGGCUGCCGGAAAUAUUCUAAAGCAAUUGAUGGAACGGGGUGCAUCUCAACCGUGGCAGCAGGUUCUUCAGGAGGUAAUUGGUGAAGGCCGGCUCGAUGGCACGGCACUGCGGGAGUACUUCAGACCGCUGGAGGAGUGGCUGCGCAACGAGAAUCUCCGCACGAACGAGUACGUCGGUUGGAUCUACGAUGGGGACUACUGCAAGCACAGUAUCGAGACGGCGAACCUGCAGGUGUACGGCGGGUUCUAUAAUGGUGGCGUACAGUUGCAGCUCAGUGUGUCGCUCGUCGUUGGAUUGUAUCUCUUUGUCCAGGCACAUUUACAUCAGCUGAGGCUGGUUUAGUGGGUUGUUGUGGAAACAUGGAAUGACGGCAUUUUCGUAUCUCAGUAGUAGAUUUUUAGUCAUUAGUUUUAGCGUAAGCCAUUGAUCGCGAAUUUCGCUAAAUUUGUAUAAUAAUGUUUAUACCUUCAUAACUUUAUUUCCAAACAAUAACAAAAAGUUUAAAUAGAUUCUAGAAAAUAACAAAACAGUGCCUCAUUAAACUUACAAACAUCAAAAGUACUGUACACAGAUAAAAAAAUACACGAUUAAUGAUUUGAAAA